UUAGAUUAGAAAAAUUUACCUCAAUCGCUAACUUUUCAGAACCUUUUUUUGUAAUGUAACACAAGUCCCACCAAACAUAUUUAAACAACAGUGACAAUCAUAACUUGAAGCAAUCAUCGAACGUAAACAUCGCAUUCCGAUUGUGUCACCCAACCAUGGAUCAUCAAAUUGAGAUCAUCCUAACGGUUCUGGGUAUUGUAUUUGUGCAUGGACUGAUUUUCUAUUUGGUAUCGCGAAAGACCCGCACCAAAAUCCGUGGUAAGCAUGUAGUCGUAACCGGCGGAUCCAGUGGAAUCGGCCUGUGGGCUGCAGUCGAAUGCGUCCGCCAAGGUGCUAACGUUACCAUCGUGGCCCGGAAUGUUAAGCAACUAGAAAAAGCCAAAGAACAACUGAUUAAGAAUAAGACCAGCGAGGAUCAGAAGAUAGAGUAUCGUUCCAUCGAUCUGGCAAAAGGCUAUGACGGUGUGGAGAAAGGUCUUGAGGAGAUUGAAGCCUCCGUUGGCCCGAUCUUUAUGCUGGUUAACUGCGCUGGGAUGGCCAUCUGCGGAACGGUGGAAGAUACAUCCAUCGAGGACGCCAAGCUGAUGAUGGACGUCAACUACUUUGCCACGUACUACCCGACACGCUAUGUCCUACCGAAGAUGAAGGCAGCCAAAGAGGGCAUCAUAGUCAUUACCGCUUCGCAAGCUGCCCUCAUCGGCCUGUACGGAUACGGAGCCUAUGCGGCGUCCAAGUUUGCCCUGCGAGGUUUGGCCGAAACGAUCGCCAUGGAAUCGAAGCACUGUGGAGUGAGCGUGACGCUGGCCCUUCCGGCCGAUACGGACACUCCAGGGUUUGAGCGGGAAAAUGAAUCCAAACCGUUGGAAACGAAGAUCAUUUCCGGUUCGGGCGGGUUGGCCAAGCCGGAGGACGUCGGCAAGCGCAUUGUUCACGAUGCGCUGAAGGGAUCGUUCUUCUCGAUUCUGGGACUGGAGAGUUGGAUUUUGAGUACCCUGUGCGUGGGCAUGUCACCCUGGAAGGGACCGGUCCUAUGUGUGCUGCAGUUCUAUCUGCUGGGACCGUUGCGGCUGGUUGGAUUGUUGAUCCAGUGGAACUUCCAGCGGAUUAUCAAGAAAUGUGCUAAAGAGAAGGCUAGCGCUGCGGGUGCUACCUAAGAGGGAGCGAGGGAUGGCGCUAAUUUACUCUUCGAUGUUGUUCGCUCGCAGCUAGCAAAUCCUGUGUCCAUGCAUUCAACAGUACCAGUAUAAAAUGUUAGUUGGUGUAGUAAAUAAGUUAGCAUUAAGAUGCGGAGGUAGAUGAAUAAA